AUUUCGGUUUUCACUCUCUCCUGUUUUGUUUGGGACGAGGGUUAGUAGCUCCGAAGUUUGCUUCAUAUAUCCGAGUGAUUCACGCGUAGACCUCACCGUGUACUCGAGUGAAUACCUCUGCUCAAAAGUGAAUGCAUCAAAAUUGUAUCGUAAAAAAAAGAGAAAUUUUAGUUCGGGCUUUGAGCAUAAACCGUGUAAUUUGAUUAAGUAGAGAACUUAUCUAAGAUAUGCGAUUGUGAUAAGAUGAGUUUAAGAACCCCACUCAGGAGUACUCCUUUUGGAGUACACAUCCUCUUCGCUGCAGUUCUCUUUACGUUAAUUCAAUCAUCGAAACAGGACUGCGUUUGGUACGGCGUAUGCAACACGAAUACAAUUGGGCAUAGUCAAAACUGCCCCUACAAUGGAACAGCCAAGGAAAUGCCUGAAGACGGAUUGGAGUUGCUGAAACAACGAUGUGGCUUUUUGCUAGAGAACAAUGAGAACAAAUUUUGCUGCGAUAAAAAACAGGUGGAACUUUUGAAUACAAAUGUAAAGCUGGCCGGUAAUUUCUUGGACCGAUGUCCAUCCUGUAUGGAGAACUUGGUUCGACACAUCUGCCAAUUCACCUGCUCACCAAAGCAAUCGGAAUUUAUGCAUGUGGUGAACACGAAAAAGAAUAAAGAAAAUAUUGAUUAUGUUAAUUCCGUGGAUUUGCAUAUAUCGACAGAAUACAUCAACAAGACUUAUAAAUCAUGCUCUCAGGUUUCUGUACCGCAAACAGGUCAAUUAGCAUUUGAUUUAAUGUGUGGAGCUUACUCAGCAUCUCGCUGUAAUCCUACAAAAUGGUUUAACUUUAUGGGGGAUGCCACUAACCCAUAUGUUCCUUUUCAAAUCACGUAUAUUCAGCAUGAGCCCAAACCAAAGAGCAAUGAAUUUACGCCUCUAAACGUAACAACCGUUCCUUGUAACCAAGCGGUUAACAGCAAAGUACCUGCGUGCGCAUGUUCGGACUGCGACCUGUCCUGUCCUCAGGGACCUCCGGAACCUUCUCCUCCAGAGCCCUUUAAAAUCGGGGGACUCGACGCCUAUCUCGUCAUUAUGGCAGCUGUGUUCGUUGUCGGAGUCGUAGUAUUCCUAAUGGGAUCGUUUUUAUUUACACAAGAUGACAACUUCCAAAUCGACGGCAAUGAUGUUUCUGAUGAACUGGCAUAUCGGGAAAACGAUUCGUACUUUGAAAAGCUGGGCGCACAAACAGAGACCUUCCUUGAGACUUUUUUCACGAAAUGGGGAACGUUCUUUGCUAGCAAUCCUGGGAUGACUUUAAUUGCCGGAGCCUCCUUGGUUGUGGUUCUGGGAUAUGGCAUUAGUUUUAUGGAAAUUACUACAGAUCCCGUAAAGCUUUGGGCCUCGCCGAAUUCCAAGUCCAGACUGGAAAGAGAGUAUUUCGAUACGAAAUUUUCACCAUUCUAUCGGCUUGAACAGAUAAUAAUCAAAGCUGUGAACUUGCCCCAAAUUGUUCACCCAACUUCAAAUGGACCCAAAACUUUUGGCCCCGUGUUCGAUAGAGAUUUCUUAACAAAAAUAUUAGAUCUGCAGGAGAGCAUAAAGAACAUCGAUGCUAAUGGCACACAGUUGAAGGAUAUAUGCUUUGCACCCUUGUCAGAUGACGGCAGUCAAAUCGAUGUGUCAAGUUGUGUUGUCCAAUCGAUCUGGGGAUACUUUGCCGACGACCCGGAAAGAUUGGAUGACCACGAUGACGAUAAUGGAUUUAACGUAACCUAUUUGGAUGGCCUGUACGAUUGCAUAAGUAAUCCGUACCUAUGCCUGGCGCCAUAUGGUGGUCCCGUAGAUCCAGCAAUAGCAUUUGGCGGCUUUCUACCCCCUGGAGCUCAACUGACGGGCAGCACGGAGUACCAGUUGGCCAAUGCUUUGAUCUUGACAUUCUUGGUCAAGAAUCACCACAACGUAACAGAGCUAGAACCGGCUUUAAAGUGGGAGAAAAAGUUUGUUGAGUUUAUGACCAACUACACGAGGGACAACAAGUCAGAGCAUAUGGACAUAGCAUUCACUUCGGAGAGAUCGAUCGAGGACGAGCUUAACAGGGAGUCACAGUCGGAUGUUUUAACCAUUUUGGUAUCCUACCUAAUUAUGUUCUUGUACAUUGCCAUAUCGCUGGGACACGUUAAGGAGUUCAAAAGGGUGUUUAUCGACAGUAAAAUCACCCUUGGCAUAGGUGGCGUUAUUAUAGUAUUAGCCUCAGUAGUUUCCUCCGUUGGCAUUUUCGGUUAUUUCGGUGUGCCGGCCACUCUGAUUAUUGUGGAAGUUAUACCCUUUUUAGUAUUAGCCGUAGGAGUCGAUAAUAUUUUUAUCCUCGUGCAAACUCACCAGCGCGAUCAACGCAAACCGAAUGAAUCGCUCGAGCAGCAAAUUGGUCGAAUAUUGGGUCGUGUGGGACCCAGUAUGCUGCUGACUUCCUUGAGCGAAAGCUUUUGCUUCUUUCUGGGUGGCCUUUCUGAUAUGCCGGCCGUCAGGGCUUUUGCCUUAUACGCGGGCGUAGCCCUGAUCAUUGACUUUUUAUUGCAAAUAACCUGCUUCGUAAGCUUAUUCACUUUGGAUACGAAACGCAAGGAGGAGAACCGAAUGGACAUUUGUUGUUUCAUCAAGGGAAAGAAACCAGAUAGCAUAGUUAGCAACGAAGGUCUCUUGUACAAGUUCUUUAGCAGUGUCUACGUUCCCUUUUUAAUGAAGAAAAUUGUUCGGGCCAGUGUGAUGGUCAUCUUCUUUGCGUGGCUCUGCUUCAGCAUCGCCAUUGCCCCAAAAAUUGACAUUGGUCUGGACCAAGAGUUGGCCAUGCCCCAAGAUAGUUUCGUCCUGCAUUAUUUCCAGUCCUUGAACGAGAAUCUCAACAUUGGCCCGCCAGUUUACUUUGUCCUCAAGGGAGAUUUAGUUUAUACAAAUAGCUCGGAUCAGAAUUUAAUUUGUGCAGGUCAAUAUUGCAACGACGACAGCGUUCUAACGCAGAUUUACUUAGCUAGUAGGCACUCGAAUCAGACAUAUAUAGCCCGUCCUGCUUCAAGUUGGAUCGAUGAUUACUUUGGCUGGACGGCAGCAGCGGGCUCCUGCUGCAAGUACAAAAAGGAUACCGGUGACUUUUGUCCGCAUCAAGAUACUUCCUGCUUAAAGUGUAACAUCACUAAAAACUCCCUUCUGCGGCCGGACGAAAAGGCAUUUGAAAAGUAUUUGCCAUUUUUCCUCAAGGAUAAUCCGGACGACACCUGCGCCAAGGCUGGGCAUGCUGCCUAUGGUGGCGGCGUUCGGUAUUCCUACAGCCAUGAAAGACUGAACAUCGAGACGUCGUAUUUUAUGGCCUAUCAUACCAUCCUAAAGUCCUCGGCUGACUAUUUUCUGGCCCUAGAAUCGGCUAGAAAGAUAUCGGCGAAUAUCACGCAAAUGUUGCAGGGCAGACUAAUGUCCAAUGGAGUUCCUAUGGAAACGGCUUUAACGGUCGAAGUUUUCCCCUAUUCAGUAUUCUACGUGUUUUACGAACAAUAUUUGACCAUGUGGUCAGACACUUUGCAGAGCAUGGGUAUUUCAGUUCUUUCCAUUUUUGUUGUUACAUUUAUUUUGAUGGGCUUCGACGUUCAUUCCGCAUUAGUUGUUGUAAUCACGAUAACAAUGAUUGUUGUUAAUCUAGGAGGCCUUAUGUAUUAUUGGAACAUUUCGUUAAACGCUGUUUCGUUAGUUAAUCUUGUUAUGGCUGUCGGUAUAUCUGUAGAAUUUUGUUCGCACCUGGUGCACAGCUUUGCUACUUCGAAAUCAGUUAGUCAAAUUGAACGGGCAGCGGAUAGCCUAUCGAAAAUGGGUAGUUCCAUUUUCUCCGGAAUUACUUUAACCAAAUUUGCCGGCAUUCUAGUGCUAGCUUUUGCUAAAAGUCAGAUAUUCCAAGUGUUUUAUUUCCGCAUGUAUUUGGGAAUCGUGGUCAUUGGGGCGGCGCAUGGCUUGAUCUUUCUCCCGGUUCUAUUAAGUUAUAUUGGGGCUCCUGUAAGUAAUGCUAGAAUAAGGUAUCAUAGCCAGGCUGCUGCUGAACACGAGACAGCACUAGCGGGAAUUCUAUAAAUCAAUCCCAUAGUUGUAUUGUAAUAAUCUCAAAAAUAUUUUAAAUGUUAACUGGUUAAGGUAUAAUAAAUAUUAACAAACAAA